AUGGUGGACAUAACGACCAGAGACGAGGCUUUUGAGCCCGCCGACGACAUCGAGCCCAUGCGCUCCCUCUCGAUACACACCGACCAAAGCAAGCCCGUGGCCCUCCUCCAGCCCUUGGACAUGGACGGCCCACCACCGGUCCGGACGAAACUCAGAAUGGCAGCUAUCUUGAUCGCCCUCUACCUCGCGCUCUUCAUAGCAGCCCUCGACGCAACCAUAAUCGCCACCUCCAUCCCCACCAUUACCGCCAACCUGCACUCCGCCUCCGGGUACUUCUGGAUCGGCGCCGCGUAUCUUUUAGCCAACGCCGCUGCUGCCCCUGUCUGGGCUAAAUGCUCGGAUAUCUGGGGCAGGAAACCGGCGUUGUUGGCCGCUGUGGCGUUGUUUGCCGCGGCGAGUAUUAUGGCCGCGUUGAGCUCGAGUAUGAGGAUGUUGAUUGCUGCUAGGGCGUUGCAGGGGACUGCUGUGAGUUGCUCUUCAAAGGCUUAUCGUAACCUGGUGGUUGCUGAUGAUGCAAAGGGAGGCGGCUUGAUCCAGCUCGUGAACAUCACGGUCAGCGACCUCUUCUCGAUGCGAAGCCGGACGCUGUACCUAGGCCUGGUCGAGGUGAUGUGGGCGCUUGCAGGAGGACUUGGGCCUAUUCUCGGCGGACUGUUCACCCAAUAUGUUUCCUGGAGAUGGUGCUUCUGGGUCAACAUCCCGGUUACAGGAGUGACAUUCGGCCUUCUGCUGCUCUUCCUAGACGUGCAUAACCCGAAGACGAAGCUCUCCUCCGGUCUGAAAGCGAUCGACUGGUUCGGCACCGUCUCGAUUCUGGCCGUCACGCUGCUACUCCUUCUCGGCCUGGACUUCGGCGGCGCCACGUUCCCAUGGAGCAGCCCAAAGGUUAUUUGUCUGAUCGUCUUCGGCACACUAAUGAUCGGGUUCUUCAUCUUCAGCGAGAAACGGCUGGCGAAAUAUCCGCUCAUGCCUCUGGCGAUGUUCAAGAACCGCUCGAACAACGCUGCGUUCAUCGUCGGCUUUACGCAUGGCAUGACGUUCAUCGUGGCCGAGUACUACCUGCCGCUGUACUUCCAGGCCGUGAAAGGUGCCAGUCCGCUGCGAAGCGGUGUUCUUAUUCUCCCGAUCACAGUUUCCGAGGCUCUUAUUGGUAUUGUGACGGGAGUGGCAAUCCAUCAGACUGGCCGGUACAGGGAGCUGACAUGGCUGGGCAUGGUUCUGCUCACCAUCGGUACUGGUCUGUACAUCCAUCUCGAUCGUACCAGUGCAUUGGCCGAAUUUGUCUCAUUUGAGCUAAUCGGCGGUAUCGGUGCUGGUUUCCUGUUCGAGAGUCCUUUGAUCGCAAUCCAGGCUAUGGUCUCGCAGGCGGAUACUGCGUCUGCGACUGCCACGUUUGCGUUUAUUCGAAAUAUUGCCAUGUCCACUUCGAUUGUCGUGGGCGGCGUGGUAUUCCAGAACGGCAUGAACACUAAAAUCCCGUCUCUGAAAGCGGCUGGCCUGAAUGUGACGUUGGUGGAAAAGUUCUCGAACGGUGAUGCAGCGGCCAACGUGGAGCUCAUCAAGACCAUCGAGAUUGUUGCGCAGCGACAGGCUGUUCAAGAUGCUUUUGCCUGGAGUUUGAGAAACAUGUGGAUCGUUUUCACGGUGAUAUCAGCCAUCGGAUUGGCCGGCUCGCUGAUGAUGAAGCACAGGGAAUUGGAAACAGAGCACACUGAGACCAGGACCGGGAUUGAGAAGAUGACGAGAAGGGAGGAUGCGUGA